UACCCAAAGGGAUUUGUUAGGCUCAUUAAUGCUGUUAUGAAGAAGGUUAAUAAUGCUGGAGAAUAAUGGCCAGCUAGCUCAGUCCUUAAGCAUUUUAGAUGGAAGUUCCUUAGCACCAAGGCAUCUGGGGCAGGACAUUUUGGGACAGAAAGGCUUCGUUCACCCACAGUCACAUCACUGUGUUUGACCAUGAGCUGUCCUGUGUCUCAAAAGACUGGGAUUGGUGGGAAGAAUGCUGAUUCUCCUCCAAAACAAGUUAUCUUCAGAAAAAGCACCCGUGACAAAGCUCUGACCAUCUACCUGGGAAAGCGGGACUUCAUUGACAACAUGGGGAAUGUGGAACCUGUAGAUGGUGUUGUAUUGGUGGAUCCUGCUAUUGUCCAGGGAAAAAAAGUGUUUGUGUCCCUCACCUGCGUGUUCCGCUAUGGCCAGGAAGACAUUGAUGUGAUUGGCCUCGCCUUCCGCCGGGACCUGUUCUUCUCCAGGGUCCAGGUGUACCCACCUGCUGACAAGCCAGAGUCUCUCACCCUCUUGCAGGAAUCUCUGCUAAAGAAGCUGGGGAAAAAUGCUUAUCCCUUUUUCUUUACAUUUCCAGAUUACCUCCCUUGCUCAGUUUGUCUGCAGCCUGCACCUCGUGAUGUUGAUAAGACUUGUGGGGUGGAUUUUGAGGUGAAAGCUUUCUCAACAGAAAAUGUAGAAGAGAGAAUUCAUAAGAGGAACUCUGCACGUCUGCUGAUCCGUAAGGUGCAGUAUGCUCCAGAGGAGCCAGGACCUCAGCCUUGUGCAGAGACCACCUGGCAGUUCUUCAUGUCCAACAAGCCCUUGCACCUGAAAGCUUGCCUCAGUAAAGAGGUAUACUACCAUGGUGAGCCCAUUCCAGUCACUAUCACCAUCAACAACAGCACAGAGAAAACAGUGAAGAAGAUCAAAGUCCAGGUGGAGCAGGUGACCAAUGUGGUGCUGUACUCCAGUGACUUCUAUACCAAAGUGGUGGCUUCUGAGGAAGCACGGGAAAAGGUGCAGCCAAACAGCAGCCUGACCAAGACCCUGACACUUUUACCCUUGCUUGCAAAUAACCAGGAGACACGAGAAAUAGCUCUGGAUGGAAAAUUGAAGGAUGAGGACACCAACUUGGCUUCUAGUACUAUCAUUAAGGAUGGAAUAGACAAGACAGUGAUGGGGAUUCUGGUUUCCUACAAGAUCAAAGUGAAGCUCACUGUUCCAGGCAUGCUGGGAGACCUCACUUCCAGUGAAGUGGGCACAGAGCUGCCAUUUCGUCUCAUGCACCCCAAACCUGAGGAAAAGAACCCAGCAGGGAAGGACGGUGAAGCAGAGCUGGUAUUUGAGGAGUUUGGUCGUCAGCAGCUAAAAAAUACACCUGAUGAAGAGGACAAGAAUUCACCCUCAACUGAUGAGUGAUUAAAAGAACAGACUGACAGAGGAGCUGUGUUGUGUGGCUUCAAUUACAAAUGUAGGACCUAAUUUUCUAGUAGUCUGCAUGUUCUCAGUUCAUGCAUGGUCUUACAGGGAUCAGCCCUGAGGUCAGUGGACAUGACAACAUGAAUCUCUAUUGCUUAUUACAAGAUUCAUCUCUGGAGGAAUGUGGCAAACACAACACCUCGUACUUACCAGAGGAGGACAGGACAUCUGCCAUGUCAUGACUUCUGCUUUCAGGGCUGCCUAAUAAAAAGGUUGGUUGCUUUCAGCACUGGUGAGAGCUUUAAGAGGGUUUAUGCAGCCUGCCUGGACUUAGUGUCAGAGUCUGUGACUUUGAAGUGCCAGUGAACCAAAUCCUACCCUGGAAGGCUGGCUUGCAGCCGUGGGUGAUUCAUCAAAGUUUCUCAGCAGACUGUACAAAACUGAUUUUAUUUUCUUUUGGUUGCUUUUGCAUUGAUGCUUUACCAAAUUCAGGCAGUGAAUUUUUUCAGUGCUUGCACUGUCCCCAUGUGGCUUUUACAUUCAUUUUCUGUACCAGUAAAUAUCUCACAAGUUGUCUCCCACAGCAUAGACAAUGCUGAUACACAGUGUUAGCUUUCUAGCAAUAUGCUUAAUAACCAUGUUAUUAAAGAUGAGAUAAAUGUG